GUCAUCAUCCAGCUACCAUGGGCCCACUGCAUCUUGUACGUGUGGAUGAGAAGGGCCAGCUGGCCCUGGACGAGGGAACCCUAAGCCAUUGCCUGGAGCAGGGGAAGGUGGGUGAUGCCCCCAUCUGCCUGAUCUCCAUCGUUGGGGAGCAGCACCAGGAGAAAUCCAUCCUUAUGAAUUGCCUGAUACACCAGCUGCAGAACCAGGAUGCUGCUUGGAUGGGCCAGAAGGACCAGCCUGUAGAGGGAUCUGAUUGGCAAGGAGGGUACCAAACCAUGCGCAAAGGGGUGUGGAUCUGGGGUGAGCCCUUCUGGGUCCAGGGCCCACAUGGUAAGGUGGCUGUGUUCCUAGUAGACACGGAGGGCUCCAUGGAUCUGCAUCACCAAUUGGAAACCAGCAUCAAGCUCUGUGUGUUCAGCAUCUUACUCGGCUCCUACCAGAAUUUGGACCUGCUGGUCCAUGACUAUCCAACAUCAUUUGACUGUGGAGUAGAGGGAGGAAAGAAAUAUCUGAGCCACGUAAUCCAGGAGCUGGAGGCUUCUCCCAAUCACAUGUUGACUCUGGAAGCCCUGAAGGCAGCAGGCACCCGCUGUUACCUCAUGCCCCACCCUGACACGGACAAAGACUUCAGGGAACACCUGAGGGACUACAUCGCUUCCCUGACGAGCUCAGCAGGGACACACAUCUGGAAGGACCAGAAUGGACAAGUGCUCACGGGGAGGAAGCUGGCAGAGAAGAUCAGGACUAUAUCCAAAUGCCUGAAGGACAAGCACUAUGACUUUUCUGCUCCUCUAAAGAUGGUAAAGGCCUUUGCAGAAAUGCAGAAGGAGUUAAAUACAAGAACAAUAAAAAGUGCCAAGACAAAAUAUGAGGAAUAUCUGCUCGAACAACAUCAGGGCCUUGAUACCCAGACCAUGGACCAGAGCCUGAAGGUGACACUAAAUGAGAUGAAGCAGCAGCUGGAGACAAAAUGCAAAGAUUUGUUGCAGGAUUGCCAGGAGCAGCUUCUGGGAGAGGAGCCCGAGAAACAGGCUGUCUUGGGGGAACUGAAGAAAGAGUGGUCAAGAAAAGAGAAGGAUUUUCUAGAUGCCUCUGAGAACAAGUACAAGGAAGUUGUGGUUUCUGCCAAUAAGGCAUCUGAAAAUGCCAUGAAGGAAAUGGAACAAUUUCUCCAGGAGCAGGCUAAGGUCAAGUGCCUGCAAGUCCCUCCCAGUGAGAUGAAUGAAAAGCUGAAGGCAAAACGCCAGAAGUUGUUGCAGGCCUGCCAGGAGAAGCUACUGCAUGACGAGUCCAAGCCACUAGCCAUCCUAGAGGAGCUGGAACAGUGGUGCAUAAGGAAGGAGGAGGCUUUCCUGAAGCUCUAUAGGGAAAAGUAUAAGGUCUUGCUGCUUUAUGACUCUUAA